UUCCUACCACCGUAAUCUUCCUCGAAAUAACUUUCACUGUUGAUGCAAAAUAAUAACAAUAAUAAUAACAAUAAAAUGUCAUGUCCUAACAACGUGGCUGCUGGCUCUUUCCUCAUGGAUUCUCUGGUGGGUGGACCCCCCGCCUACAGAGGUGAGGGCUACUCCGGCAGCCCUGGGAUAUACGUGCAGGCGGGCGCUGAAUACGGCUGUUCGAUGCUGAGAAACUGUGGAAUUGUACCUACACCACUUUCUAAAAGAGACGAGCUUCCACCGACCUCCCUGCCUGUAAGCGCCUACCACCACCCACCGUUCCUGCAGCAGCUGGACACAUGGGGCACAGACCCCAAGGCUUCGUGCAGGAUCGCACAACCUGUUGCCCGUCCUUUACCCUCUUGCUCCUUUCCAGUGGGCAAUGUCAAAGAGGAGGGAAUGCGUUGUUUGUACCGGGCUGACAUUGACAGGGCUAAAGAGACUACUGAACCAGCCACCUACACGCGACUUGGGGCCGACAGUAGCCAGGGCAAGCAAGGUCCUGUAUCUGAGCCGGGCUAUUUCCGAGUGAACCAGGUGUAUACAGAUGAGAAGGAACAAAAUGGAAACGAGUUCGCGACGGGUUUCGCGCCCGUGGCUAAUAUGACAGCUACUACCGAGAAGCCGCUUCAGUCAUUGCACGACAGCGGCAAAUUCGAGCGUGAACCGGCAGCUGAAGAAGUGAAGAAGGAAGAUCACAACACAUCUAAAAGACUAUCAGAGAAAGAGGAGCAUUUCAACAAGGUGGUCUGUAGCAGUACAGACAAUUCGGACAACGAAAUGAAAGAGGACUCAAAAGCGGAAAGGACGGCAGGAAACUGGCUUACGGCAAAAAGUGGAAGAAAGAAGAGGUGUCCGUACACAAAGUACCAGACACUAGAGCUGGAGAAGGAGUUCUUGUUUAACAUGUAUUUGACUCGUGAGCGCCGUCUGGAGAUCAGUAAGAGCAUCAACCUGACAGACAGGCAGGUGAAGAUCUGGUUUCAGAACCGACGGAUGAAGCUGAAGAAGCUGAACCGGGAGAGUCGCGUUCGAGAGCUCACAUCAAGCUACAGCUAUACCUGAAUACCCCCCCCCCCCCCCGGACAACCACACACAAG